CACUCAAUCACCGAUCCACUUCCCGCGAAUCAGCGCGCUUCGUGUAUCCCGUGUAGAUUUGGGAGGGGGACGCGCCUUUAUCUCGUUAUCUUCCCCCUCUCUCAGGGUCCCUCUGUACUCCAAGGGGACUCCGAUCUCUUAUACCUCUCACUCUAUUCUUAUCCAAUCCCCCUUUGCAUUGAUCACCCAAACUUAUCGAUAGAUCCCCUAACAACCAUGGCCAUUCAUCCCAGGCUCCGGCCUGAUGCUGCCCAGGGCAGCCUCUCGCCGCAGCAGACCCUGGCUAUCUCCGCGUGGACUGAGCAGGCUGUGGCUUCAUUGCAGGAUUUGACCCUCUCCGAGUCCACAACCACAAUCCGAGCAGAACCGGCUUCCACACCCUCGCGUUCCAGCCUACGCGGUACCACCGUCUCGUUGACCAUCCCCAUCGAUGACCAGAUUCCGACCGUGACGUCUCAAGUCAAGGUGGUGUCCUCGGCCGAGUCUCGCCCACCGACGGUCAGCUUCCGGCGACGCGAACCCUUGAGUCGGGAUAGCUCGAAACGGCGCGAGGCCCUGCUCAAGGGCAAGGAUGGAAGUCGGCGGCGGCAGCGAUGGGAAAACGACCGCCUGCUACACAACCCGUGGGCCGAACCCCCAUCCCCACAUGACUGGACUAUCCAACCUACAUAUCCCCGCCACGACCCGAUGCCAUACUAUCUCGCUCCGCUCUGGGACGUCCACUACGCAAAGAUGGCCGACCACCACUCCGCCCGCAAGAACGCGCAGAUACUCUUGAAGCACCGCGUCCCCAAGGACCUACGGUUGAAGCUCAAGCAUGCGCGCGCCGCCCGCGGCAUGCUGCAAGAUCUGGAAGAUGAUAUCCGUCUUUUCAUCCGCCAGUGGAAUGAUAAGCAGGUCUUCUUAGCGAGCGAGGGUUUGGCUGAUGCGCCGGAGAUCGAGGCUGAGGACUCGGAGGAUGAGAUUGUUUUUGUGGGGAGGAAUGGUCAGAUGCAUGAUGCGCCGGAGCGGGUGCAGAAGUUGCAGCAAAUGCGGGCGCAGAUGAAUCUGCAUCAUGAACGGGAUGGUGAGAAGAUGGUGUUUGAGAGUUUGGUUGAGGACCGGGCUGCUGGUUUUGGUCGCUGGCUCGUGCACUCCAUCGCCUCCUACUACGGCUUGCAUACCUGGUCCGUCACUGUGGGAGAGCCCGCUCGUCGAGAGGCCUAUGUGGGCUUCCGCCCGCCGGUCCCGGGUAGUCGUGCUGGACUCGUCACGCAUCCGACCUGCCGUGCAGAGGAGUUGAUCAAGCCUGGCGAGGAGCUCCCGCAGCCUCUCUAUGCGCAGGUUUAAUGCCGCGUGCGAGGCUGAUCUCUUCUCGGUGUUUAUUCGGUUCUCUGCACCUAGGAUCAUAAUCUCCGCUUCUUCGGUUACAACGUACAUUCUUUUAUUAUGGGUUUGUUACAGGGGCGUGGGCUAGACUGGUCAAGACUGGACUUGCUAGGGAUUUCAUCUGUUUUAUUCUUUUUUUUUGGAUUCUCAUAUAUAUGAUUUUCAUUGAGAUGAUUU